GUAAGAUUCCUGCCCUUAGGGACCCGCCAUUCUAGUGGCCCAGCCCUUUGUUUUUAGAUGCCGUCAGAGACUCAUUUAUCUCUGUGGGUGUUCCUUUGAGCUCUCCCCACCCUAGGUCCCGACUUCUGCUGGGCAUUUUACGGAGGGCUGGCUGGAGAGAGUGGGGGGACAAGAGUGAAGAUGAAUCACCCCAGCCCACGAGAAGCUCCCAAAGCCCAGUGGAGAGUAAGACGAGAAACCCCCUAAUUAGACUGGAAGCCAGGAAGUGCUGUGCCCAAGGCCUGACUCUGCGCGCCCAGAGGCUCCAGCGCGGACUGCGCGCGGGACUCGCUACCCUGUGCAAACACCAAGGUGGGGUGUGAAUCGUGGGACUGCAGGGUGCGAGGUAUGGGGUUAAAUACAGGACGUCCAGAGUUUCCAGUAUGGCCUCUGCACCGACUUCUAAAUAUAAUUCACACUCCUUGGAGAGUGAGUCUAUUAAGAGGACUUCUAGGGAUGGAGUUAAUCGGGAUAUCGGUGAGGCUCUUCCUCGACUUCCAGGAGAAACCCGCAUCACUGGAUUCUGCUCUAAUACUUGAUGUUCCUCUGGGUGUGAUCUCAAGAAUUGAAAAAAUGGGAGGCGCCACAAGUAGAGGAGAGAAUUCCUAUGGGCUAGAUAUUACUUGUAAAGACAUGAGAAACCUGAGGUUCGCGCUGAAACAGGAGGGCCACAGCAGAAGAGAUAUGUUUGAGAUCCUCACGAGAUAUGCCUUCCCCCUGGCCCACAGUCUGCCAAUAUUUGCAUUUUUAAAUGAAGAAAAGUUUGACGUGGAUGGAUGGAUGGUUUAUAAUCCAGUUGAAGAAUACAGAAGGCAGGGCUUGCCCAAUCACCAUUGGAGAAUCACUUUUAUUAAUAAGUGCUAUGAACUGUGCGACACUUACCCGGCCCUCUUGGUGGUUCCAUAUCGCGCCUCAGAUGAUGAUCUCAGGAGAGUUGCAGCUUUUAGAUCCCGAAAUCGAAUUCCAGUGCUGUCAUGGAUUCAUCCAGAAAACAAGACGGUCAUCAUGCGUUGCAGUCAGCCUCUUGUUGGUAUGAGUGGUAAACGAAAUAAAGAUGAUGAGAAAUAUCUCGACGUCAUCAGGGAGACGAAUAGACAAAUUAACAAACUCACAAUCUAUGAUGCUAGACCCAAUGUAAAUGCAGUGGCCAACAAGGCGACAGGAGGAGGAUAUGAAAGUGAUGAUGCGUAUCAUAACGCCGAACUUUUCUUCUUAGACAUUCAUAACAUUCAUGUCAUGCGGGAAUCUUUGAAGAAAGUCAAAGACAUUGUUUAUCCUAAUGUGGAAGAAUCCCACUGGUUGUCCAGUUUAGAAUCUACUCACUGGUUGGAACAUAUCAAGCUCGUUUUGACGGGAGCCAUCCAGGUCGCAGACAGGGUUUCUUCAGGGAAGAGCUCGGUGGUGGUGCACUGCAGUGACGGAUGGGACAGGACUGCCCAGCUGACAUCCCUGGCCAUGCUGAUGUUGGACAGUUAUUACCGGAGCAUCGAGGGCUUUGAAAUAUUGGUCCAAAAAGAAUGGAUCAGUUUUGGACACAAAUUCGCAUCUAGAAUAGGUCAUGGCGAUAAAAACCACGCCGAUGCUGACCGAUCUCCUAUUUUUCUCCAGUUUGUUGAUUGUGUAUGGCAGAUGUCAAAACAGUUCCCUACAGCUUUUGAGUUCAAUGAACGGUUUUUGAUUAUAAUUUUGGAUCAUCUGUACAGUUGCCGCUUUGGUACUUUCUUAUACAACUGUGAGUCCGCUCGAGAGAAACAGAAAGUUACAGAAAGAACUGUUUCUUUAUGGUCGCUGAUAAACAGUAAUAAAGACAAAUUCAAAAAUCCCUUCUACACUAAAGACAUCAAUCGAGUUUUAUAUCCAGUUGCCAGUAUGCGUCACUUGGAACUUUGGGUGAAUUACUACAUUAGAUGGAACCCCAGAAUCAAGCAACAACAGCCAAAUCCGGUGGAGCAGCGCUACAUGGAGCUCUUGGCCUUGCGCGACGAGUACAUAAAGCGACUUGAGGAGCUGCAGCUCGCCAACUCUCCCAAGCUUUCCGAUCCCUCGACCUCACCUUCUAGUCCUUCGCAAAUGAUGCCCCACGUGCAGACUCACUUCUAAUAAAGGAAAUAGCUGACUUUCAUUCGGGGCCUCUGUACAGAGUAGGUUAAAAUAUUUGCCUCCAUGUAGAACUUGAACUAACAUAAUCUUAAACUCUUGAACAUGUGCCUUCUAGAAUACAUAUUGCAAGAAAACUACAGUGUCUACACGGCAAUUGGAAGAAAGGAGCCCAGAUGGGGUUUUGGAAAAUCCUGAUACCUUCCAGAAGCAGUUUUUGAAAGAUAAUAUUUAAAUUAUAUUUACCUCUUCAGAAAUACUAUGUGUACAAUAUGUAUCUUGUGGGCCUCAUUGGAACAACAUUUUUAACUAAAGGGGAAAGAAUAUAUGUUUGUGAAAUGGAUUUACCUCGAACUGCUUACAGUAGUUGCUUAGGGUGAUCUAAAAGGAACCCAAAUGUGAAAGAUGUGUGUUCCUGCCAAAACCAAAUUGAGCUCAGCUUCCAAGGCAUAAUCCACAAGCAAGGUGUUUAAAUAAUUGCCAAAUUUCAUACCAUCGUAAGUGUGAUGACUUAAGGACAAAUAGCUGUGUAGAUGAGCUUUCCAUCAUUUUGAAAUUUUGGAAUAUGAAGUAUUUUCCCCAAGAGAAGCAUAUUUUUAUAUUUAAAAAAAACUGAUAACGCCCAGUUAAAUAUGAUUUGAUUGUUUUUAACAUUGCCAGUUCUGUUUCCUAAGUUCUUUCAUGAGCUUGCCUAGGAUUCUGACCUAUUUUCAGGUGGUAGAAACCCCUUCUAUAGCACUGUUUGAAGAUGUCGGAUGCAUUAUGCUGCUUAUGUGAAUGUUUUCGCAAACGUUGCUCUAGUCAAACUAGCUGAUCUGCCAAAGUGUCGGGUUGACCAUCUUGGAUGUGUGAGCUGUCGCUAGAGCAGCAUCCUUUGAAAUAAAAGCCGCAGAUGUACAUUUGUUGAGCGUAUUCUUGAAAGUAUGGUGUUUAUGCAUUUCAAUUUCAGUGGUGUUCGACACCCCUCCCCACCCAGGCGUGCAUAAAAACUGGUUCUACAAAUUUUUACUUGAAGUACCCAGCGGUUUGCUUUUUCAGGUUUUUUUUUUUUUGUAGUAUUAAAUGCAAUUUCAAAUGCAGUUCUAUUUGAUAUCUGAACUAAUUCAUUUAGUCAGUAUAUUUGUAAAAGUUAAGGCUACAGUUAAAAAACAAUUAAUGUGUUCUACAGUGAUUUGUAAAGGACUAUUUAUAGCUAAUAUGGUUUUGUUUUCAGUGAAUUAAGAGAGAUUAAAUAUAUCUUUGUAAAUUAUUUUAUGUCAUAGCUUAAUGGUCUACCAAAUAAGACAUCUCAAAUGCAGUAGUAUAAAUGUAUAAAUUUUGUAUGUAUAAGAAAUUUUUUAGACAGUCUCUUGCUUUUUGUAAACGCUGUAAAUAUUUCAUAAAUUAACAAAGUGUCACUCCAUGAAAAGAAAAAAAGCUAAUACUAAUAGCUGAAAGGAUUUUGUGAAAUUUCAUGACAAAUGUUUCAUGGCAAUAAUGACUAAAGACCUGCUGUAAUAAAUAUAUUAACUAAACAUUGCACUCUAUUCCCAGGGCUGUAACUGUGUAUGUGUCUUAAAUGUGCAUGUUGCCCAUCUUACUUGCUUUUCCUGGAUCUACUUCACAUGCCCUUUAUCUUACUAGCAACCUUGUAUAGGGCUCUCCCCAAGUCCCAACAAUAUUGGAAAUUUAAGUACAUUAACAAUGCAGAUUUUAAGCCACAGCUACCUUCAUUUUUUAAAAUGUAUUUUAUUGAAGUAUAGUUGAU